AUGGCCUCUCUUGGCCGUCUCGCUAACAAAGUCGCCAUCGUAACAGGUGCAGCUUCAGGCAUUGGUCGGGCGAUUGCUUUCCAGUAUCACAAAGAGGGUGCCAAAGUGGUAUGUGCUGAUCUCAGGGAGUCGACGCUAUACAAGGGCAGWAAGGAGGAGGACAUUACCACCCAUGAACGCAUCAAGCAGUUGGGAGGUCAUGCCAUUUUCUCGCAGGUAAAUGUCACAUCGCCGGACUCUGUACAAGGGCUUGUUGCAGCAGCAGUCAAAGAAUAUGGAAGAUUAGACGUCAUGGUCAACAAUGCCGGCGUCUCCCUUGAAGCUCACGCUGGGUUCAGACCGGUUUGGGAAAUCGAUCAUGCCGUCUGGGAGGGUACUCAACAAGUAAACUCCACUGGUGUUUUUCUGGGAAUCAAGUACGCCGUCCAGCAAAUGUUGAAGCAAAAGCCACAUGCGAGUGGAGAUCGAGGCUGGAUCAUCAACACCUCCUCGAUUCUGGGCCUAGUAGCUGCGGAGCACACAGCUGCCUAUUGUGCGAGUAAAGGGGCGGUGGUGCUUCUGACAAAGGCUGCUGCGUUGGAUUGUGCACCCGAGAGGAUACAUGUCAAUGCCAUUGCUCCCGGGUACACCGAAAGCUCAAUGACGGGGCCGCUAUGGAACGAUGAGGAUGCGAAGAAGAAGUUACUCGAGAAGCACCCUUUCAGAGGGCUCGGGCAGCCGGAGGAUCUGGCCAAGGCUUGUGUGUUUCUCGCGAGUGAGGACGCACAGUGGGUUACAGGGCAUACGCUUGCUGUGGAGGGCGGAUAUCUCGCGAAAUGA